CUUUGUUUACUAGGCGUGUGGGAGCGGCUAGAUGCUAAUUAACCCUACCUGUUGAAACACGUCUACGCCAAGCUACUGUUUAGCAGCUGGUUCACCCGUUCAGUACUCUGUUAUUUCCAUAUUGGGCUCUGCGCUGUCUUAUUCUCGUGAAGGAAGUAUGUCUGCCGAUAGAUCCGAUGCUGGAGGGGACACAACAGACGCGAAGCAAGACAAUGGAAAACAGUCAGCGGGGUCUUUGUCUGCCGCUGCUCCCAUGGAAGUUGAUGCUAAGCCUCACUCCCACAGCUUCAGAUACAGCAUGAACUUCCCCAGCAUUGGCCAGUGCAUCGUCAUCAACAACAAGAAUUUUGGCAGGAACACAGGCAUGAAUCAGAGGAACGGCACAGAUGUUGAUGCAGGCAAUGUGUUUAAAGUAUUUACAAAGCUGGGGUAUACAGUGAAGAUUCACAAUGACCAAACAACCGAUCAGAUGAUUAAUAUUUUGAGGAAAGCAUCCCAGGAAGAUCACAGCAACUCUGCUUCAUUUGUCUGCGUUCUCCUGAGCCACGGGGAUGAAGGCAUAUUCUUUGGGACUGAUGGCCCACUGCAGCUUCAGAUGCUUACCUCGUUUUUCAGAGGCGACCGUUGUAAAUCUUUGGUGGGAAAACCCAAACUGUUCUUUAUCCAGGCUUGCAGAGGCACAGAUCUUGAUCCAGGUGUUGAAUCAGAUAGCCAAGAAAACACAAAGAUCCCAGUGGAAGCAGACUUUCUAUAUGCCUACUCCACAGCCCCAGGCUACUACUCCUGGAGGAACACCAUGAGUGGGUCCUGGUUUAUCCAGUCACUUUGUGACUUAAUCAGCAAAUAUGGAAAAGAAUUGGAGCUCCUGCAUAUCAUGACACGAGUAAACCACAAGGUGGCAGUAGAAUUUGAGUCUGUGUCCAAUUCACCAGGGUUCAAUGCAAGGAAGCAGAUCCCUUGCAUUGUGUCCAUGCUGACCAAAGAGAUGUAUUUUUUCCCUUGAUGUUGAAUUUACUCAGGGAACCUGAGCUUGACAGACAAGAUUAAGAGUUGGGUUCGAGAUAGUAGUUUCUACUCAAAUAAUCGGCUGAAAAUUACAUUUCUUGGUGCAACGUCAUGCAUUACAAACGUUAUUUUUCGCGGGCUUUGGAAUUAGUUUCUCACUUUCUAUUGUGUAUUUCUAAAAUGAACGUUAUUCGUUUUUUAUUUUGCAUGUGCCUUUUUGUUUUAUAUACACACAGCUGUAGAAAUGUUUGAGUUUUUUUUUCUUUUUUUUUUCUUAGGCCAAAACAAACUGAUAUACUAUAAAUACAGUUGAUGAUAACUUCCUGCUCUGUGAGUUUGAGCUUACAUGGUGUGAUUGAUGUGGGUUCUAGGUUGGUUUUCCCAUAAUUCACCCAAAUUAUUCUCCUACUUUAUAGGAUACAGAUUCUCUCUCAUUACCUGUUACCUUUUUGGAACUAUUUUCUAAUCUGAUGAUUGCAUUUUGGACAAUUUCUCUACAUUGUAAAGCACUUCCGGAUCUUGUGGAAAUAAUCAUAAAAAAUACAAUUCUUCCAUCUUUUAUUAUUUUUUCAAAGAACGUUGCUCUGAUCUUAGAAUGAGCCUGUUGGCUCUUAAAUAUAACAGUUUUUGCCUCUUGAUUGACAUGAGAUUUCAAAAUAUUGUCCUGUGAAAUGAUUGGACUAUUGAAUGUUGAGCCAUAGAAUGGGUUCAUAACAACCCACACUUUCUUUUCCAGCCUUAUUUUAUUAGUAAUUACAUUCAGACUUUCAUUAUUGCAUUCUAAAGUUAACAGAUAGGCUGAGCAUUAAACUUCUUGGCUUUUUUUUACUACAAAGCAGCAUUUGUGGUUUCAAUAUCCCAGUACCACCAUCAUGUUUGUGUUUAGUUUUGUAUUAGAUGUAAAACAAAGAUACUUUUUUUAGGUCCCUGCAGCCUUUUUGGCCCACAGUGAUUUUGCCCUGAAACUCUCUGUUGGAUUAAGGUUUUCUUGUCUUCUAGAGCUUAUAAUCUAGUUCAUGUUGUCAGGUCAGUUCUAUUUAGGUGAUUUUUUUCAUUUUUCAGGUCUGUGUGUGGCUAUAACGAUAGAAAAUUGGUUGGAUUAUGUACUGCAACUUGUACAGAAAAUAGUUUUUAGCUAAAUUUGUCUGACCCUAAGCAUUUAGAUAUGUUAAAAGGUGCAAAUGUAAUGAAAAUAUUGAGGGCACAGAUGCUUAUUCAUUACACUGCAUAUUAUGUGUGUCAAUCAAGGCCUUGGAAACUUCAACUGAAUUAUUUGGAAACAGCGUGAGGGUAAAGAAUGUAAAAUGUUUUUACUUAGGAAGCAAUCUUUGCAAAUGCAGUGUAUUGCAGAUAUAUUUGCAGUUGAUAUAUUUUGCAACUCUGCUCUUGAUUAAAUCUACUUUAAGAGACCUUCUUGUAGUAGAUAAUACUUAUUAGAAUGCACACCUGUAUUUACUUACAGCAGGUGUGAGGGGAAAAUAUUAAAUAAUUUUCUAGUAUGAACCACCUCUAAGGUGGAUUUGUAUUGAGACAUGAUCAGUGCUUCGUUUGCAUGAAUAAUCUCAGGUACGUAACAUUCACAAAUGAUCAAAAGUGUGAAAUAACCGGGGGUUAAAAUGACCAGCAUCUACUGAUAUUUACGUCUUUACUGUUUACACUUGACACAUUUCAGGGAAAUAGUUUUUUACAGUGAGUUUGACUCUAGUACUUUGUACUUUUAUAAUCAUCUUAAGCAAUUGAGCAGAAUCAUGUGUGAAAUCAGACAUUAAAUUGUACAAUGUGAAUCCAAAUAAUGUUAGAAAAUAUGUGCUAAUGUCAGGAGCGUUCUUUAAGCUCCUUUACACAGCUCUGAACUGGGUUUGUCUUUUAUGGUCUGAUAUUAAAUCUCCUCUGAUCAGUUGUUUUCAAAGUAAGUUCAAAGUAAUGGCUUAAGAGAGAGUUUCACUCGUAAACCUUGUUUUUUGUUUUUUUUGUUUCUUUUGUUUUUUGCAGUGAUCAGAUGCCCAAUUUUAAACUCAAAUGGCAAAACUGAAAGCAAUAGUGAGUUGUUAUCCAUUGCAAAAUAAACAAAAAAGGUUCUCCACAUCAAGAAUAUCCUGUCUGACAUUUUGUUUUGACUUAGAUCCUGUUAAUUGCUAAGUAUGGAUGAAACACAUUUAGCACAGCAAUAACUAUGUGCACUAGCUUUUUUUUACGGAAACCAUGAAAGCCAUGCAGCCAUUUUCCAAUAUUGUGAUAACUUUUUAUAUUAGUUUGCAUUGAUAAUCUAAGCAAAAUGAAUACAUUUAAAGUGUCCUAUAAAAGGGAAACAAUUGGGCCCAUGAUUGGAAUUGUGCUGCAAUGCUUUUUUUCUAGGUUCUCUUGAAUUUAUAGUUUUUUUAUUAUUGUGGUUGUAAGUAUGAAUCUAGUUAAAGUAAGUACCAUUCACUUUUGCUAGUUUUAGUUUAUUCCAUAUUAAAGUUGGACACUUCCUGUUACUACAUUUGUUAUAUACAAUAUCACUGUUAACUCGUAGUUACACUGUUAACUCAAUGGAAGGUUUUUGUUCUGAAAAAUAAACUUUUAGUCAUACA